AUGGGCCACCGUGGGUCAUGGUUGCACACUCCCCUCCUGUGGGUGGCCGUGGCCAGCCUGCUCCUCCCCCCGGCCAUGACCCAGCAGCUGAGAGGGGCCAUGCUGGGACUUAGCAACUGGAACAACAACGCAGGCAUAGCCGGGUCCUCAGAGGACACGUCCCCCAGGGUGGGUCCUCACAUCCAUGGGGACGGAGCCCACCGAGAUGGGAACGGGGACGUUUCCACAGAGAAUGGGCAUCGUGUUCACAGUCCCAGAAGCCCCAGCGACGAGGAAGAGGAGGAGGUCUCCAGCGAGCACGGGCACCACGGCCAUGGCCACCGGUCCCAAGUCCACGAGCGUGGGCAUGAGAACAACUCAGAUGAAGAUGUGUCCACAGAGCAGGUGUGGCAGGUCCACGGGCACAGAGGCCACAGGAAUGGGGGCGUGGAUGGCUCUGCUGAGCGUGGGCACCUCGCCUUUGACGAGCACCACCCUCCGGGCCUCAAGCAUGUCCAUCAUGGAGGAGACGAUGAUGAUGAUGAUGACGGUGAUACAGAAUACAGGCACCGAGCCCACAGGCACCACGGCCAUGGAAAUGGCAACGAAGAAGAUGUCUCAGAGGGGCACCGCCAUCCUGGCACCAGCCACCGGGUUCCAGGGCGCCACGGCCAGGAUGAGGAAGAGGAGGAGGGAGCCUCAGCCGAGCACCAGCACCACAUUCCCAGACACAAGCACCAAGGCCGGCGAGAAGACGAGGAGGAGGAGGAAGAUGAGGAAGGGCUCUCCACAGAGCACAGGCACCGUGCGCACAGGGAGGAGGAGGAGGAGGAGGAAGAGGAGGAAGAUGUCUCAGAUGAACACCACCGCCACGCCAGUUACAAUCACCGAGACCGCGGACGAGAAGAUGAAGAUGAAGGUGAGGAGGAGGAAGAGGAGGAGGAGUACAGGCACCAGGUCCACAGGCGCCGAGCUCAUUUAAAUGACUACGAUGAAGACACCUCAGAUGAGAAGCACCAUCACCACGUUGCCAGCCACACGCACCGAGCCCGCGGACGAGAAGAUGAAGAUGAAGCUGAUGAGGACACUUUGGAUGGACACCAUCACCACGCAGCUAGCCACCAACUCCAAGACCACAGAGACCAGGAAGAGGAAGAUGCGUCCGCGCAGCAGCCCUGGCACCAGGUUCCCAGUCAUGCGCACCGCGGAGCUGGAGCCGAGGAGGAAGACGACAAGGAGGAGGAAGAGGAGGAGGAGGAGGAGGAAGAGGCAGUCACAGUCAAGUUCAGACACCAAGGCCACCAGAGUGAGGAAGAGGACUUCGCAGAUAAGUAUAAAAGACCAACCCCGAGUCACCUCCAUCAUGAAGUCCCCCAAGAGGAAGAGAUCUCUGCAGAGCUUGGUCACCAGGCGCCCAGCCACAGAGAAGGCCCCCCCGGAGAUGAAGGGGAGGGGCGGGGUCACAGAGGGUCCAUCCAAGAGGGGCUUAGCCACCAGCUCCCAGAGCAUCUGGGGGUGAAGGAUACAAGCCAUUUAAGGAAGAGAGGUUCUGAUGAGGGAAAGGGCCAGGAAGAAGACCACGGUUUCCAAGAAGAUGUGGAUGUUUCAGAGGAGGAAGAGGAAGGUGCCCAUCAUGACAGCUUGGACCAGAAGGAUGAAGACGAUGAGGAAGAAGGUCAUGGCCUCAUCCAGAGUCAGGAGGAGGAAGAUGAGGAGAAGGAAGGAAGGGUGGAAGAAAAAGUUGCUGUUGGAGUCUCCCAGAGCAGAGACCACCAAGAGGAGGAGGAGGAGGAGGAAGGGCUGGAGGAAGAUGAGCUUCCGUUCACCAUCAUUCCCAACCCCCUGGUCAGUAGGGAGGUGGCUGCAGGAGCUUCCAGUGAGGAGGAGAGUGGUGAGGACACAGGGCCACCAGAGGCCCAGGAGUAUGGGAACUACCAGCCAGGGUCCUUGUGCGGUUACUGCUCCUUCUGCAAUCGGUGCACUGAAUGUGAGAAUUGUCACUGCGAUGAGGAGAACAUGGGCGAGCACUGUGACCAGUGCCAGCACUGCCAGUUCUGCUACCUCUGCCCUCUGGUCUGUGAAACUGUCUGCACUCCAGGAAGCUAUGUUGACUAUUUCUCUUCGUCCUUGUACCAGGCCCUGGCGGACAUGCUGGAAAGUCCUGAACCUUGA